AUUAUUAUUCGCGUGCCUGUAUACUUCUAUACGCAUUUAUACACACAUUUUUAAGAUGUCUUGUUCUUCAAGUAAAUUCACGUUUCUUCACACUUAUGGUUCCAGAAUCUUCUCACUCUAGUGUUUAAACAAUGCCGCGAGUGUCUCCGGAUGCCGACGAACAAAUUUUGUCGAGUUUCGGAAGUGAAGAUGACGUCAGCAUUCCGGUGAUAGGAGGAGGAGGAGAUAGUUCAGAUGAUGAAAGUGAAAGUGAUUCUUCAACAGUUUCUGAUUGCGAGAGUGUAGUUUCUGGAACUGGAGUUGUUGAUCGAAUCGGAUUGGUUCGGUUGGAUGAGAGUGACAAAUUGGUUGAGAUUAUUGAGAAGAAAUUUGUUGCUAGAUUGAGUUACGUCGGGGUUGAUGUUCGAGUUGAGUAUGUUCAUCGGAAUAUGUUUAAUGCUAGUGAGAUUGCUCAAGCUAGGUUGAGUAGCUUUCAGAUUUAUACGAAAUCUGUGGAGAAGAAGAAUGGCGGGGAUGCGAAUGUGAAGUAUGCUUGGUUUGGUGGUUCAAAGGAUGAGAUUCAUAAGAUUGUUGUUUAUGGAUUUGGGUUUGAUAAUGUUCGGAAGAAUGCUGGUUUUGGUCAUGGAGUUGUUCUCUCUGCUGAUCAUUCUCCUCUUGAAAGUGUGGAGUCUGCAACUGCUGAUGAAGAUGGAAUCAAACACAUUUUGCUUUGCCGUGUGUUAUUGGGCAAAUCCGAGCUUGUGAGCCGUGGUUCUACGCAGUGUUAUCCGAGUUCUGAUGAUUUCCAGUCAGGUGUUGAUGACUUGCAGUCACCCAAGAAGUUUGUUGUGUGGAGUAGUCAGAUGAACACACAUAUCUUACCCGAAUUCGUCAUAAGCUUCAAGACACUAAGCAGCAUCAACAGGCCUAAAUCAGAUGGAGUUCCAGUUCGACAUGAGAAACCCGUAUCCCCUUGGAUUCCGAUUCCGGAUUUGAUUGCAGCACUUUCCAAGAUCCUGGCCCCUAAAGCCAUUAAGGAAAUCACACAGUUUCGUCGCAGUUACAUUGAACAUAAGAUCUCUAGACGUGAAAUGAUACGAGGAAUCAGAGAAGUGACCGGGGAUAGGCUGUUGCUGAUGGUUCUAAAAGAUUUCACGCAGCAGAGGCGAUCUAAUCGACUUGGUUAAGAAAAAUGUGGUUACAUAUAAUAAGCGGUAUGGACGCAAGUAAUGAGCGUUGUGCCCUGGAGAGUUUGCAGAUGAGAAUGAAGCGAAAGGGAGAGUUGUAGAUUGUGUUAAGAUUACAAUAUACAUCGACACUUGACGUAUGUACCAUCUACAAUUCAAAGAAUUACAAAGUAUAUAUGAACGGAUUUUGGCAACUU